AAACAAUUGACAGAAAUUCCUCUGAUAGAUGGGUUGCGCGCUCGGAAAGCCGGCGGACGCCGGUGACCGUCGCCGGCAUAGCACUGCGACUACCAGCGGCGGCCAUAAUCCCGCUAAGGUUCGGGAGAAGCAGAAGCCUCUACACGCCGGCGAACUUUCCGGCGUUAUACCGGCACCAGAGCGCCGGAGACCUCGACUUGACUCAUUCACUGCGAGCCACCAAGGGUGGCCUCCGUGGCUAAUGGCCGUCGCCGGCGACGCCAUCCGAGAUUGGACUCCUCGUCGUGCCAACACGUUCGAGAAACUUGCUAAGAUUGGGCAAGGGACUUAUAGCAAUGUGUACAAAGCAAAAGACCUUGUGAGUGGGAAGAUAGUGGCUUUGAAGAAGGUUAGAUUUGAUAAUGUGGAGGCAGAGAGUGUGAAGUUCAUGGCUAGAGAGAUUCUUGUUUUGAGGAGGCUUGAUCACCCUAAUGUUGUGAAGCUUGAGGGGUUGGUUACUUCCAGAAUAUCAUCGAGUCUUUACUUGGUAUUUGAGUACAUGGAGCAUGAUCUUGCUGGUCUUUCAGCUGCUGUUGGUGUCAAAUUCUCUGAGCCACAGGUCAAAUGCUAUAUGAAGCAAUUGCUAUCUGGCCUUGAGCAUUGCCACAGCAGAGGUGUUUUGCACCGUGAUAUUAAGGGUUCCAAUCUGCUUAUUGACAAUGAAGGAAUACUUAAAAUUGCAGAUUUUGGACUGGCAACUUUCUUUGAUCCUAAGAAAAAGCAUCCCAUGACUAGUAGAGUCGUGACCCUUUGGUACCGUCCCCCUGAGCUUCUUCUGGGGUCUACCUCCUAUGGUGUUGGCGUUGACCUUUGGAGUGCUGGCUGCAUUUUGGCAGAACUACUUGCUGGAAAGCCAACCAUGCCUGGCCGAACAGAGGUUGAGCAGCUGCACAAAAUAUUUAAGUUAUGUGGCUCUCCAUCUGAUGAAUACUGGAAGAAAUAUAGAUUGCCAAAUGCUACACUCUAUAAGCCUCAGCAACCAUAUAAAAGAAACAUUUUAGAAACAUUCAAGGAUUUUCCAUCUUCUUCAUUACCUCUGAUUGAAACUCUUCUUGCAAUAGAUCCUGAUGAUCGUGGCACUACCUCGGCUGCUCUAAAUAGUGAAUUCUUUACCACUGAGCCCUAUGCUUGUGAACCAUCUAAUUUACCAAAGUAUCCUCCCACCAAAGAAUUGGAUAUAAAACUGAGAGAUGAAGAAGCAAGAAGGCAGAAAGCUCUAAGUGGAAAAACUAAUGCCGUUGAUGGUGCCAGAAGGGUUAGAGUACGCGAGCGAGGUUUGGCCAUUCCAGGCCCUGAAGCCAAUGUAGAGAUCCAAAAUAACGUAGAUAGGUGGAGAGUUGUGACCCAUGCAAAUGCAAAAAGUAAGAGUGAGAAAUUUCCACCUCCUCAUCAGGAUGGAGCUGUUGGAUAUCCGCUGGAUGAUUCAAACAAAAGAGCUGUUUCAUUUGGAGCCACUGAAACUUCCUCUGCCUCUACCAUAUUUGAUUCAAAAUCUUGGGGAUCGGUUACAAGUCAUGAUGCUGCAAGAGACAAAGGGAGGAAAACUAGUAAAGCAGAUUCCCAGAUGGCAUCAUCUUGGAAAUUUAUGCGUUCAUUCAAGCUAUCAGCAAUUGGCCAUUCAUUUGAUUUAUUAUUUAGAAGCAAUUCAAGCAAAUAAUCUGUUCCUUUGGAUUUUGGCAUCCUAGAAUGAGGAAAGGAAUGACUGAUGCCUUGAUAAAUCAUUUUUGCCCCUGCAUUGUGAAUUUUAUUUUAUCUUUUUCCGCUUAAUCCCAUUGUUAUGUACUCGUAGUGAAUGUUCAAUUUCCACUUGACAUAACUAGAACGUUACUUUUUCCA